AUGCCUGUAUCUUACCCGAUCAGCGAGUUCGUCGUGGCUGAUACAGGUGUCUUCUGGGACAUUGCUUAUUGUCCCAUCCCUGGUGGUCUCGGUCCAGAAAAGAUUUAUCAGAAUAUCAAACUAGCCCUUAAGAAUAUGGGUUACUAUGGUAAGUUGUCAAUAUUUGCUUACGGUGAUGAGAAUCAGAACCCAAAAGAUAUUGAAACGGGCGGUAUUAAGUGCGUAUUCACAGGAGAUGAACAGACAAGGGUUAACAAGAUCUUGAAGGACCUUACUUUCUGGGGAAUACGCCAGAACAGGAGACAAACUUUACGUCAACCUGAGAACGUACCACACCCUGCUGAUGAAGCAUCAAGGCCGCUACUUUGUAAUGUAAGUGAAGUGUGGAUUUGGAAAAGCCUAGCAACUGGAGAAAAACCUAUCUACAGAAGCGGAGGCUUACAAGAUGUUGGCGACGCUUCUGCUUGUAGUGGAAGCUCACAAGGUGUUGGCGACGUAAGCGGAUGA